AUGGAACCAAUACUUUUUUCCGUGCACUUGGCUGAUGCAUGGGAUCCGAGAGCGAUCGGUUUGGAGGUGAGAGAUUCAGAGCUGCAAAGACGGUUCUCACGGCAAAGCAAAGCAGAUCCGAAGUUCUCACGGCAGAGCAGAGCAGAUCAAAAACAUAAGGUACAGUCUGUGAGAGAGCAGAGCAGAGAAGGAGGGCGAGCAGAUCCGAAGUUUUCACGGCGUGUGAAGUACCAAAGAGCAGGUCUGAAGUUCUCACGGCGUCCGACGAGCAGGUCCGAGCAGAUCCGAGCAAAUCCGAGCAGAUCUGAAGUUCUCACGGCGUCCGAAGUUCUCACGGUGUCCGACUUCUUCCCCUGGUUCGAAGUUCUCCCGCAGCUUAUUAACCGCUUCCGGAUUUGGAAGCAAAGGCUUAGAGCAUUGGGUGACCUACAGAAGCAAAGUGGAUUGGGUUGGAAUGCAUCUGAUAUGAGAUUUGAUGCUCCUCAACACUUCUGGAAUGACUAUAGGAAAAAAGAACAAAAGUAUUGGAAGAAACAUAGUGUGCUCCCAAUUCACCUUGAAGUUGGAGUUUUGCUAAGGAAAGAGAUGGCAACUGGGAAUGAUUCAACAGUCCCCUCUGAAGCUGCCACUGAAGUUAUGAUGGACAUGACAGGUACUCAAGUUGAGGGAAUAUGGAACAAUGAUGGUAUUGACUAUGAACCUAUUGAAGAAGAAGAAAGUGUUCCUUCCACUCCCAUUGGUAGUACCAACCGUUCUCGAGGAAGACCUCGUGGGUCCGUCAAUAGUGGUAGAGAAAAGAGGAAGAAGGGUGCAGCUGAAAAGGUGGUAAGUCCAUUGAAAUCGAUUGCUAACUCAAUCGAAAAGAUGGUAAUGAGUGAAUCUCAGUCUGAAUUUGAGAGAGCAAUUAUAGAUGUUGUUGAUACCAUUCCAGACCUCAAUUUUCAACAAAAGUUUAAGGCCAAGGAAUAUUUCAUGGCCAAGAAGAAUUCUGCCAUUAUCUUCUUGGAAACAAGAGUAGAAGAUAGGCGAAAUCUACUUGAGAUGUACUUGCCAGAGAUUGAGAAGAAUUGAGGUGACAAUAGGAAGUGUGAAGAAUUCGAAGACAAUGGUUUUUUGAAUAUAAAUUUGAUGUGUUUAGUUGAUGUAACUUGAUAUUAUGUUAAGUCUGUGACAGUAUUUUCUAUGCAUAUUUCCUCUCUUGAAAA